AUGGCCAACGCAUUCGACAGCUCUGAUAAUGAGGACCCGUUUGCAUCGCCGCCCAGCCCAGCGCCAGGUCGUUCUACGAUUCCCGCCAAUCAGAACUUUGAUACCGACGAAGCCCGCGAGGCUGCGUUGCGCAAGGAGCUUGAAGGGGUCAGGAAGAUAAACGAAGUGAUAGAGGGCGUCAUUGGGACGUUAGAGCGGGCCAAGGGCAACAUGGGCACCGUUUCUAAGACAGUAGACAACGCCUCUACGCUGCUCAACACCUGGACUCGCAUCCUCUCGCAAACGGAGCAUAACCAGCGCUUGAUCCUCAACACAGAAUGGAAGGGCGCCACGCAGGACCUCGUUGACAUGGAGAACGAGGCGCUGCAGAAGCAGCAGGAAGCCGAGAGGCGGACAGCUGAAGCGGAACGGCGGCGCGAAGAGGCGCGGGGGAAAGCACAAGAGGAGGAAAUGAGGAGGGCGGCGGGAACCUCAUCGUCAUCGAGGGGAACUGUCCGUGGCGGCACAAGGGGAAGGGUCACAGGGCGGACAAGGGGCGGCGUAUCGACGUCAUCUUCAUCGACAACGUACGGGAGUGAUGCAAGGCCGAGCAGCGUUGCCGGCUCAAGAAACACGUCGGGAAUAGGAAGAGGAGGAUUCGGGUACGCGAGGGGAGGACGGUCAAGGGGCGUGAGAUGA